GAGUUAGUACGUACCAGGAGGUUCUCCAGAAUGGGUUCCAGUGUUCUAUUAGUGGCGAUAGGGGCGUUGUUGUGCGUUGGAUCGGUGGUUGGCAGUAGUGAUGGGGAGGAAGCUCGCUACGACAACUACCGGAUUUACGAGCUGACGACCAGCACGGAGGACCAGCUGCGAACGCUGGGUGAGCUGAGUUUGUCCAGCGAUAGUUUGAUGUUCCUGGAAAUGGGUCGUAAAGUGGGUGAUAAAUCGAGCGUGGUUGUGUCGCCGCAUAAGUUGGCGGAUUUCGCGGAGACUUUGGCCAAUGCGGGAAUCAGUGCACGGGUGUUGAAUAUGAACCUGCAGAGCACGAUCGAUGAGGAGCGGCAACGGAUGAUGGGACGAUCUCGGGGAGAGUUUGGAUGGACGGAGUAUCAUACUUUGGAGGAAAUCCAUGAAUGGUUGGACAAAGUAGCUACACAGUACGAGCAAGUUGAACUGAUCGAAGGAGGACACUCGUACGAGAACCGAUCGAUCAAGGGUGUUAAAGUAUCGUACAAGUCCGGGAAUCCGGGAGUGUUUGUUGAAGGUGGAAUUCAUGCUCGCGAGUGGAUCUCCCCGGCUACCGUCACCUACAUCCUGAACGAGCUGCUGACCAGUCAAGAUCCUGCUGUACGAAACAUCGCUGAGAACUACGACUGGUAUGUUUUCCCGAACGCCAACCCAGAUGGCUACGUCUAUACGCACAAGAGGGAUCGUCUAUGGCGCAAGACACGAACCCCGUACUCCGGAGGAUGCUUCGGAGCUGAUCCAAACCGCAACUGGGACUUCCAUUGGGCUGAGCAGGGAACUUCCAGUCGAUGCUCAACGGAAACCUACGGUGGACCCAGUGCAUUCUCGGAAGUCGAGACCAAGACCCUGUCCAGCUACAUCGCUUCCCUCAAAGGAAAGAUCCAGGCCUACAUCGGAUUCCACUCGUACUCCCAGCUUCUGCUGUACCCGUACGGACACACUGGAGAGCACACGCCAAACCACAACGACUUGACCGAGAUUGCCAAGGCUACCGUAACCUCGUUGGCCAAGCGAUACGGGACCAAGUACACGUACGGAAACGUCUACGAUGCCAUCUACCCUGCAAGUGGAUCCAGCGUGGACUGGGCGUAUGGGACGCAGGAUGUCCGGAUUGCCUACACAUACGAACUUCGCCCAAAGUCGGGAUCUUGGAAUGGGUUUGUGCUGCCACCGCGGCAGAUCAUUCCAACUGGAGAGGAAACGCUGGACUCUUUGGUAACGUUGCUGGAAGAAUCAUCGAAGAGGGGGUAUUAUGAUGGUUAGGAUUGUGGAGUAUUUUAUAUGAAUAAAGGACUUUCUAGUCAUAUUUGGAUUAACAGUAAA